UUACCACAAGAAUAUAAAAAGUUUUGGAGAGAAUGGAAAAUACAAAUACCAACUGCUGUGCAUUAUAUAAAGCAAGAGGGCAAAUAUGUAAGAAAUGAAGAAACAGAAGAAGUAUAUCCAGUUCAAAAUGUACCAUUACCAUUAUUAUAUCCUAAAGAAUUUCAUCAAGGUAUAUGGGGUGGUGAAGCUGUAAUACAAGGUUUUACAAAAAAAAAUAAAUAUGCUCGCAGACACCCUCAUUUUUGGUUUCCUACACUUAAAAAAUCUGUGGUUUAUAGUGAAGUAUUAGAUACAUAUUUGAGUGUUGUUAUCACCAAUAGAACUAUUGAUUUAAUUAAUGAACAUUAUGGUUUUGAUCAUUAUUUAUUAAAGACUCCUGCCUGCGAUUUAAAGUCUGAACUAGCACUAAAAAUAAAACGUCAAAUACUUUUGUCAUUGGCCGACAAAACUUUAUAUCCAAAUGAUACUGUUAAAAGAGAAGAAAUUUAUACUAAAUAUAAAGAAUAUUUAACACCAUAUACACGAGAAGAAAUUGAAUGGUAUGGUUUAACAUUUAAGGAAGCUUGUAAAAAAUGGAUAAAACAGAAAGAACAAGUAAAUAAAAUAUUACCUUUAAAACUUCAAUUUAGAUCUGAGUUAAUUGCUAAACUUAAAGAAGAAGAAGUUGAAAAAGCAAAAAAAACUUUAGAAAAGUCUUCAACAUGGAAAUUAAAUUGGAAUCCUUUUACGAGUUCAAAAUCGGAAUAAUAUAUGUAUUACAGUGUAUAAUAUAAUUAAAUAAAAUAAAAGAAUUUAAUUAUAGAAUAAUUAGUAAAAAUUAUCAUAUAUCUAAUGCAUUAAAAGUGCUGGUAAUUUUAUUAUAGAAAUUGAACAAUAUUUUUUUUUUUUAAUUAAAUUUUUAUAUUUCACAAACAAAUUCUAAAUAAUUAAUAUAAAUAUAAAUUAUAAGAUAUAGAUAGAUAUAAAUCAACUUCAAAAUUUUAUUAUUUAUUUUUAAAAAAUAAAUAAUUAUGAUAUUGAACAUUCUAAAUCACUAUCUUUUGGUAAACAAUUUAAUAAUGUAGCUAUUGCUCUUGUAAUGUAUGUCAUUGUUCCAAAACUACCACUUGGAGCACUAUCAUAAAAAUGUUGACAAACAUAUGCUGCUCCACCGCAAAGUAGAUUUCCCAUUGCAGUUGUUUCACGUUGUUCUUUUGGUUUGGCACAACAUAAAGUAGCAUCA